AUGUGCCCGAAAUGUGGGGGAGAACAUGAGAAUUGUGACACUAAAACAUUCAAAUGUGUCAAUUGUUCUGGAAGUCACAUGGCUUUAGCUGAAACUUGCCCUGCUUACCUCAAAGAAAGAAGGUUGCGAGAACUUAUGGCCGAGUUUAAUUGCACAUACAGAAGGGCUUUAACAAUCUAUGUUGCGCCAGCACCACGUAGACAAAUGGACCUAAAAUUUAUAGAACAAGAAAAAAGAAAAAAGAACCAGCAGGAGUGUAAUUAUAACACAUCGAAGAGGGAAGCGACUAAAGUCCAAAAUGUUCCUACUUUUGUAGAAGUGACGGCCAACAGCAUAUUGCAUAACGAAGACAAUAUUAGCCAAUGCGAAAGUAAGAAAUCGUCGCCCCGUCGGCGCCAAAUAAAAAAGGAGAAAAGAAGUACAGAGUGUGACACGUCAUUACAAAGUUAUAGAUUUGAACCUAGUACUAGCUAUAGUGAGGCAAAUAACAACGAAUCUUCUAAUAAAAUAUCUUUCAGUGAGCUACUUAUGAGGUUAAAGGAAUUAAUUUAA